UAGGGGUUCAGUUACAUUUCGGAGCUUUCGUACGUCGGACGGUAGUCUACUGGUCAAGUUGUUUGGUCCUAGUGUUGUGGUCUUCGCGGUGUCGGUUCCAUCCAAUCGGUGUCAGUUACUGUUAUUUCAAGUGUCCCCAAACCUAAAAAAGUUGAAGAAAAAAAAAACAGUUUCCAGGACUAAAAUUUCGGGAUACGACGUGAUACCAGGACAUAUUGGGAAUUUUGUGAUUGGUCACUGGAGUAAGAAAAUUAAAGUGGAAAUUCCACCAGAAGAUAAUUACAAAAACAAACAACGGUGAAUUGUGCUAUCAGACCUAUUUAAAAUAAAGUGUCUCAUCCAUUUUGAGAAGCAGAGAAGCCCACCGAUAACAAAAAUCCCGGAUGAUAACACCGAUCGAUCAGCGAACCCGUUGGCAGGUGGCAGCAUCGGCAGCCGUCGUAUUUCUGGACGAAGACCCGUCCCGGUCCACUUCGAGGACGACCGGCACAACUGCCACUGCCGGAAGUAGACCGAGCCGGCCCAGUCGAGGACGCGUUUCGUGGGACAGCUCCCGGCAGGUAUCCCGGUACUCGAUCGAUACCACCAUUUCGUCGCACAGCUGACCGGAACCACUGGAACCCACCAAACCGGCCAAAAUGGGGAAGGCCAAGAAGCUGCUGAUCGGGGCGUCGGCGCUGCUCAUCAUCAUGGUCGGGUGUGGAGUGGCCUUCGGGAGAACCCUUUCCGGCGAUGAUGAUCUCAUGUUCGACGACACCCCGAAAACGAUGGACCGAAUUCUGCAGGAGAUACGAAGCCACAUGCAGGACUAUUCGAUCGACGCCUACAUCGUGCCAUCAGUGGAUGCCCAUAACACGGAGUACAUCUCCCAGCAUGACCGCCGGCUCCGGUACGUGACCAAUUUUACCGGGUCUGCGGGGACGGCGAUCAUCACCCUGGACAAGGCAGCGCUGUGGACCGACUCGCGCUACCAUCUGCAGGCGGAAGCACAACUCGAUGGGGACCACUGGACGUUGAUGAAGCAGGGCGUUGCCGGAGUUCCCACCCAGGAUCAAUGGUUGCUGGACAAUCUACCGGGUGUUGCUCAGGUCGGAGCCGAUCCGUUUUUGAUCACAUCGACGGAGUUCGAUCGACUGGCCAAGGUGUUGAUUGGAGGUGGGAAGCGGCUGAUUACGCUGGAGCGAAACUUGGUGGAUAUUGUGUGGAACAAUAGACCGGCUCAGACGGCGGGACCGUUACUGUUGCUGGACAUAAAGUUCUCCGGAAAGAGGGCUUCCGAGAAGGUUGCAGAUUUGAGAAAGGAGUUGGAGACUCGGAAGGCCGCGGCUAUAGUCAUUAAUGGACUGGAUGAAAUUGCUUGGCUCUUGAACAUGCGAGGAUCGGACAUUCGCUACAACCCGGUGUUCUUUGCCUACGUGAUCGUAUCGCGAAGUGAAAUCCUACUCUUCACUAAUCCGGAACGGAUUAACUCAUCCGUUCAGGAGCACUUCCGAUCGGAGGGCAUAACGGUGAACGUCCGGGAGUACAACGACAUUCUGAAAGGGAUCGAGAAGUUUGUCGACGAAGGCGAUCGGUUAAUUGUGGCUUCGAGCUGUAGUCAAGCCAUCUACGCCCACAUCCCGGUAGAUCAACGGAUACAGGUUUACAGUAUUGUUGCGAGUAAGAAGGCCGUCAAGAAUUCGGUGGAAGCUGAAGGUAUGCGGAAAGCGCACAUCAGGGAUGGGGCUGCCUUGGUGAGGUACCUUCACUGGUUGGAGAAAAAUGUCGACUCCAACAACGUAACCGAACUUUCCGGUGCGGCAAAGCUUCGGGAGUUCCGAAGUGUUCAGGAAAACUUUGUGGAUCUUAGUUUCACUGCAAUCAGUUCGUUCGGACCCAACGGAGCUAUCGUCCAUUACAGUCCAACGGAGGAAACGGACACCCUUAUUACCAGGGACAGUAUCUACCUGAUUGACUCCGGUGGUCAGUACCUAGAUGGAACUACGGAUGUAACAAGAUCGGUCCAUAUGGGUACACCAACUUCCUUUCAAAAGGAGGCCUUCACCCGAGUUUUGAAAGGUUUCCUCAGUUUAGGUUCAGCUGUGUUCCCAACAAAAACCUCAGGAACCUUCUUCGACGCGAUGGCUCGCCGAGCUCUCUGGGACGUAGGCCUAGACUACGGUCAUGGAACAGGUCAUGGAAUCGGAUCCUUUCUGGGAGUUCACGAGUACCCACCCUCAAUCGUCUCCAACUCGGCUUCUCCAAGUAAUCAAGGCCUGGAAGAAAACAUGUUCACCUCGAAUGAACCGGGUUAUUACGAGGCCAAUCAGUUCGGAAUCCGCCUAGAGGACAUUGUUCAAGUAGUGAAGGCAGAAGUGGCGCACGAUUUCGGAGGUCGAGGAGCCCUAACGUUCUACACCAAUACGGUUGCGCCGCUGCAAACGAAGCUGAUGGAUUUGACGUUGCUAAGUGACCAUGAGAUCGAACUGAUCAAUGCGUACCAUUCGAGGGUACUUCGCGAGGUUGGACCGCUGCUGCUGGAUCAGGGUGAUAACGAUGCGUUCAUGUGGUUGAGGCAGCAAACGCAGACCAUUGUUAAAUAACUAGAGGGGAUUAAAGUAGAUUUUAGAAGAAA